GCAAGUUCGCCGCAACCUGGUAACUAAGUUGUGAAGUAAAUUAUAUAUCAUAGACCUGCAACUUGUGCUACAAGUCAAAAGGAAAGGAACUUUUGUUUCUCCCUAAUAGACUAUUGCUAUUUAGUAUCCAUGAUCAGGACUUCAGGAUUCCUGCCUUUCUCAAGCAUUAUGUUCCCAAAAUCGUAACUUGCGCAACUUGAUACCACCACAAUAGUAGAAGUACCGAACAGGUUAGAUGUCCUUGGUUACAUUUCGGAGUCUUUUUCCUGUUGCCAUUUACUGUACCCAACUCAUCUGCAAUGGCUAUUCGGCGGCGAAACGCCAUACAAUCUGUGCGCCGCCUCCCCCGCCAUUUUUGCACAUGACUUUACAAUGGUUGACAGAAUCUAGGAAUUUGUCGGAGCAAAUCGCGUGGUGUAACCCAGAGCGGCUGGGAUGAGCAUUUCCAACACCAUCUGGAAGAUACACCGGGGGAAUAGGUAUUGCCCAGGUUGCUUACACAAUGGCCUUGUCCUUGGGAAUAGUCAAUACGUAGUUUCGUUUACACUAUUAUGUUAAGCACUCGACUCCACGAGUCUUGCACCGAACGAGGAUAGUAUCUCGAUAUGUAUUCUGUGUUAGCUAUAAUUAAUUUAGGUGUAGCUUCAUUGCAUAAAUAUAACGUGUAUUCCAUCGUCUGGCCAG